GUCCCUCGGGCAGGAGCGAGGCCGCCACGUCUCCCUGUGCUCCCGCCCCCCCAGGUGAAGGCACAGCUGGAGGAGAAGGAGAAUAAGAAGUUCUCCCUGUUUAAGGCUGUGGAGUUCAAGAGCCAGGUGGUCGCCGGCAGGAAUUUCUUCAUCAAGGUUCAGGUUGACGAUGAGGAGUUCGUGCACCUUCGAGUAUUUGAGAGCCUCCCACACGAAAACAAGCCCCCAGCCUUGGCCAGCUACCAGACCAACAAAGCCAGGCACGACGAGCUGGCCUACUUCUAGUCCCAGAUUCUGACAGCCUGCCACCUGCUGGCCCUCUCCUCUGCGGGCGGGCGUGUGCCUGGGCCGCUGCCCCUCGGGGUGGGGGCGGGCUGCCCCUGGGCCUCUGUUCCUAACUCCAUCGUGUGCUUUUUCCUGCCAGUCAAUGAUCUUAACUAAAUUGCUUUCAAGGAGAGCUUGUGUUACCUUCAAAUAUAUAUAUUUUCAGUCUUUAUGAGC